AAGGACACCAAAAAUGUUGGCGAUUCCUAAGAAUCAGUUCGCUUCGGCUGUGAAGCAGGUUUCAAGUUUAUGUCUGAAACCUGUUGCUGUUACAGCUGUUGUACAUCAUGAUCCACCUUUGAUUGUAAGGAAAACAGAAUCAGUUUCAAGUUCAGUAGCAACAUUAUCGAUGGCGAAAAAUCUUCAAUGGGCAACAAAAAGCAUAACCGGUGGUAUAGUCCCAGUCAGGAUGAAUCACACGGACAUGAAUACACCUGCCUUUGGGUCUUACAGACGAGACAGUACAUCCAACGCCAUUGUUUCAGCAAAGGACACAAACGAGUCAAGGAAGAUGUUCACUUAUGUAACAACAGCAGUUGGCACUGUCGGAACUGUUUAUGCAGCCAAACAUUUAGUCAGAAGUCUUGUGGGAUACGUUGCCCCAGCUAAAGAUACUAUUGCCAUGGCAACCGUAGAAGUCAAUCUCCAAGAAAUUCCUGAGGGGAAGAGCACCACUGUGAAGUGGCGUUCCAAGCCAAUCUUUGUCCGACACCGAACACCAGCAGAAUCUGAGGCAGAAAGGAGCGUUAAUUUGGAAGAGCUACGUGAUCCCCAACAUGAUGCAGACAGAACACAGAGAGAGGACUGGCUUGUUGUCAUCGGAGUUUGCACACAUUUAGGAUGCAUUCCGGUAGCCAACUCCGGAAGUUAUGGUGGAUACUAUUGUCCAUGCCACGGAUCCCAUUAUGAUGUUUCGGGCAGAAUCCGAAAAGGACCAGCACCACUCAAUCUGGAAGUACCUCAACACAGCUUCCCUGAGGAUGAUAUUCUUGUUAUUGGAAAAUGAUGAAGAAUACAGUAUUUAAUAGUUUAUUUUAUGAAUUUUGUGAACGUUUUCUUGUUUGUAUGACAUUGUUUUGGAAAUAGACUCCUGACAGUAUCAUGAACUGUUUGCAGUACCACCAAAGGUGCAUCUGAAACAACUUCAAGAAUAAAAAUUAUGAUUUAAA